AUGGUUAUCAACAUUCAAGUCUGGAUUUUUCCACAAAGCCGUAUCAAUCCAAAGAUGCCUGGUGGUCCGUGGACCUUUUCCUAUCAUUGGAGGUUCAUGCAUGAUUACGGACAACAUGACAAAGACACAAAAUCACGUUACCAAAUCAUCAUGGUCGACAUUGCAGCCAAAGUCAAGAACAAACCAAUCAAGGAUCGACUACUAAAAACAUCCAAUCAUGGAAUGUCUGUACCAUAUCACAGCGGUCCUGGCGAUCGAUUCUGGAUUUCCUAUGCACAGCAAUUGCAAGAUUCCACAUAUAUAUUUCAAGACAAAUCAAUCUAUGGCUCUCUCUCUAUCUCACUCGUACGCGCAUACACGUUCAUCAAUCAUUUCAAUCAGGCGCUCAAACAAUCACAAACACAAACCAUCAAAGCAAGUAUCAAUGGAACAAACAUGCCGAGAAACAAACGUCAAUGGCAUCAAGACCGGUCUGGAGGAUAUGUAUCGCUUUGUCGUUCAGGGUCACAGGGCACCGUGCGUUCACCGAUUAAGAGUCGCCUGGCCGUUGGGUGCCGUGCUGAAUCUGCUCAACAAUCUCGACCAUCACUCAAAUAA